GGGAGGCGCCCCGGGGCGCGGGCAGCGGCCGCAGCCAUCUUGCGCGCCGGGUGCACCUCGCAGGUCGGGCGGGCGGGCGGGGCAGUUAGGGGCGCGGCCCCGGGACCCCGCCCCGCCGAGGACUCUCGGGAGCGCGGGCCGCGGGCUCACUUCGCCGACACACCGACAGCCGGGAGCGCAGCGGUCUCCUGCAGGCGCCGCGGGUCGGGAGCGCGGUCUCAGCUGCUGCGGCAGAGUCGAGUUUCCAGGGGCUUUGAGGAGAACCCGCCAGGAACCGAAGAUGCCGAAACCAAUCAACGUCCGAGUUACCACCAUGGAUGCGGAGCUGGAGUUUGCCAUCCAGCCAAAUACAACAGGAAAACAGCUUUUUGAUCAGGUGGUCAAGACCAUCGGCCUUAGGGAAGUGUGGUACUUUGGCCUCCAGUAUGUGGAUAAUAAAGGAUUUCCUACCUGGUUGAAACUAGAUAAAAAGGUGUCUGCACAGGAGGUCAGAAAGGAGAAUCCUCUCCAAUUCAAGUUCCGGGCAAAGUUCUACCCCGAAGAUGUGUCUGAGGAGCUCAUCCAGGACAUCACACAGAAGCUUUUCUUCCUCCAAGUGAAGGAGGGAAUUCUCAGCGAUGAGAUUUACUGCCCUCCUGAGACCGCAGUGCUCCUGGGCUCCUAUGCUGUGCAAGCCAAGUUCGGAGACUAUAACAAAGAAACGCACAAGUCUGGGUACCUCAGCUCUGAGCGGCUGAUCCCCCAAAGAGUCAUGGACCAGCACAAGCUCACCAGGGACCAGUGGGAGGACCGGAUCCAGGUGUGGCACGCGGAGCACCGCGGGAUGCUCAAAGACAGUGCCAUGUUGGAGUAUCUGAAGAUUGCCCAGGACCUGGAAAUGUAUGGGAUCAAUUACUUUGAGAUCAAAAACAAGAAGGGAACAGACCUUUGGCUUGGAGUUGAUGCCCUCGGACUGAAUAUUUAUGAGAAAGAUGAUAAGUUGACCCCAAAGAUUGGCUUUCCGUGGAGUGAAAUCAGGAACAUCUCUUUCAAUGACAAAAAGUUUGUCAUUAAGCCCAUCGACAAGAAGGCUCCCGACUUCGUGUUCUAUGCCCCCCGCCUGCGAAUUAACAAGCGGAUCCUGCAGCUGUGCAUGGGCAAUCACGAGCUGUACAUGCGCCGCAGGAAGCCCGACACCAUCGAGGUGCAACAGAUGAAGGCUCAGGCGCGGGAGGAGAAGCACCAGAAGCAGCUGGAGCGGCAGCAGCUGGAAACCGAGAAGAAGAGGAGAGAAACCGUGGAGAGAGAGAAGGAGCAGAUGAUGCGGGAGAAGGAGGAGCUGAUGCUCAGGCUGCAGGACUUCGAGCAGAAAACCAAGAAGGCAGAGAAAGAACUCUCGGACCAGAUUCAGAGAGCCCUGCAGCUGGAGGAGGAGAGGAAGCGUGCACAGGAGGAGGCAGAGCGCCUGGAGGCUGACCGCGUGGCCGCUCUGCGGGCCAAGGAGGAGCUGGAGCGGCAGGCGGCGGAUCAGAUAAAGAGCCAGGAGCAGCUGGCCGCGGAGCUGGCCGAGUACACCGCCAAGAUCGCGCUCCUGGAGGAGGCUCGGCGGCGCAAGGAGGACGAGGUGGAGGAGUGGCAGCACAGGGCCAAAGAAGCCCAGGAUGACUUGGUGAAGACCAAGGAGGAGCUGCACCUGGUGAUGACCGCCCCCCCACCCCCGCCCCCCCCUGUCUACGAGCCGGUGAGCUACCACGUCCAGGACAGCCUGCAGGACGAGGGCGCAGAGCACACGGGCUACAGCGCCGAGCUCUCGAGCGAGGGCAUCUUGGAUGACCGCAACGAGGAGAAGCGCAUCACCGAGGCCGAGAAGAACGAGCGGGUGCAGCGGCAGCUGAUGACCCUGACCAACGAGCUGUCCCAGGCCAGGGACGAGAACAAGAGGACCCACAACGACAUCAUCCACAACGAGAACAUGAGGCAAGGCCGGGACAAGUACAAGACGCUGCGUCAGAUCCGGCAGGGCAACACCAAGCAGCGGAUCGACGAGUUCGAGGCCAUGUGAGGCCAGGACUGGGCUGGGGUGGGGCACAGGGGUGGGGCCUCACAUCUGGGCUUUGUGGGGGGAUCGCUGGCAGACUCCAGAGCUUGUAUUUGUAGUUCUUUAAAUCUAGAACCCCCACCCCCAUCGAAGUCCAGUUCCUUUAAAAUGAGAGUAGUUAUGUCAGCGGGAAUAUUCUGGGGCUGGGAUCAGUGGACGACGCUUCCCUGGUUUAUUUUUCCCAAUUGUAUCAUUGUGCCAAACAGGCCUGGUUUCAUUAUUACUGUUAUUGAAUCACCUCCUGGUCUUUGCCUACAGCAGGACUGAAUUAAGGAAAGAUGCCUGUAAAGUCCGUGCUGGCAUGUGUGAUACAAGAUUCCCUGUAAUUAAAACCACAUCGUGGCUUAUAUUCUGUGCCAUACUUUUUUCUGUAUUUGAAAUUAGCUCAAGUUGAUCUUUGAUUUCCAUGAAGGAUCCAUCUUUGUAUAUUUGUUGUUUGAGGGGUGAAAAUUAUCUCGAAAACCGAGUCUAAAGCACUCACACGCAGUGCACACACUGAUUUUUCUUCCUCCCCUCCUCCAGUUCGGGAUCAACAGGGAGGACACUCCAGUCUUAGAUGAACUUUUGUUUUCUUGCUUAACAGAGGGCUACCUUGUUGGACUCACACCAAUUAAUGAUCAGCUGUUGGGAAUAGUAUUUAUAUAUGUGACAGUAUGGGUUUGUAACAUUAGUUUUACAAAGGGAAAGUUUCAUUCUGUAUAUUUUGUUACCUUUUACAGAAUAAAAGAAUUACAUAUUAAAAACCAUGCAACCACGGCAGGUGAUGUGACGUGAGGGCAGUGAUGAGGUUGAUUAACUGCUAUAAUCACAUCUGUGAACAUGACUUUUCACUCUGCUCUCUGUGCACGUAACGAACUAUGCACGGCUCGGUUUUCUGUCCGAGCUUCUUGUUUGAAACCAUGCACACAUACUGUUUGGAUAAUUCUGGCCCCAGCUAUGAAGGGACUCUUCCAACCUGGUCCGGUCUCCGUUCCCACAAGGAGAACCUGUUCUGACCUGCCGCUUCCUCGAAAAGUUGUUGAAAUGCCAGGUCUCGCCACCGGUGCCCUGUCACGCUCAGCUGUGUCCUUUUCCUUUCCGGGCAAGAGUCCUGUGCAGAUGAACCCCGCACCACAGAUUGAGAAAUAAAAAGAUGUGCAAGGCAA